AUGAAGACCACUACUUUUGCACUUGGGUUCAUGAUGAGCUACACUUGCGGAACAGCCUUUGCACUUCCCUCUGAUCUACCAAACACUUCGGUCUCUACUAGUCCGUUCCACGAUUGCGUCAGUUCUGGCAAAGGGUUCAAUGAGUGCCGCGCACAAAGUCGAGGUUUUAAGCGAGAUGCACCAACCUCCACCAGCCCCUUUCACGACUGUAUGGACAAGCCAGAUGCUACUCUGGCGAAGUGCACCACUUCGGCAGGACUCGUACCACGAUCAGCUGAUUUUCGAUCUAAAGCUGAAGCUGAUGGGGAUCUUGAGACCCGCGACUUGGUACUUACCGAACGGAAACUCGAUAUCAAUUUCAAGGGAUUUAUCGAUGAUUUGGGUCACAAACUAGGAGGAUCUGAACAAUGCUACUCGGUCAAUAACCUCGGCCGCACUAGCUGGCUCACAAACACUGCAGUCUCAGCCUUGAAAGGGGAGGCUUGUACUUUUGCAGUCAACCAGGCCCUUGCAGCAACUGGGAAUGGAAUUGGAAAGUACACUGACACCAAGUCUGGUUUUUACAUGGGAAAUUUCGGACCGGUUGUGAGCCCGAAGGUCAAAUUUUUUAUGACCGUUCUGCUUACAGGGGCGGAUCUUGCGGGUAUCAAGGACGUCAAAGAGUUCGCUAUUGAUCUGUGCACUAAGGGUGUUGACCGCUUGACCGGCGAUCCAGGAUGUGUCUCAGAGAGAAAGGUGGGGAAGAAGGUUUCGCAUAUGUCUGUAAACGGUGGCGAGUUCGACUGGGCACUUGUUACUGGCGACAAACCCAACAACAAACCCGAAUACGACAACGCAGGUGUUUGCACAAACUGCAUAAUGACUCUGGUUAUGGAGGCUGCUAACAAGGUCAACAAGGAUGGUAAAACUCCCGUACCUAUUGACCAGUAG